AUGCUUGCCCUCUCCACCAUUUCACUUUGCUUUUCAUUUCUCCCUCACUCUCCUUUUCUCUCUCUCUCUCUACGCAAAAAUUUACCAAACCUACAUUUUCUUCGUUGCGUAUUGAUCAACGUUAUAUUCAUGGCUGUUGAAGCUCGGCAUCUCAAUCUCUUUCCCCCGCAGAUUCUAGGCAAUAGAGGGCUGAUGUUGAAUGGUGUGGAAGGCAUUGGAAACUCCUUCGCCCCGCCGGCGGGAUUCGGUAUGCUGCCUCCGUUGUCGGGGACGACGACGGCGGCGAUGGAGACUAUGGUACCAAUCUACUGUUCGGCGAUUGCGGAAACCGCCGGCGCGAAAACGUCGGCGAUUAAGUCCGACAGCGGCUUGACGUACGCGGCUGUUCCUGUUUCCAGGAAGCGAUCCAGAGAUGCGAUCAAUCCUUUAAUGGCGUCGCCGCUCCCCAGCGGCGUUGCGAAUAACCGACGCGGUUCAAUGACUUUUCUCGGCGAGGAUUUCUCUUUCCACUUCCAGCAGCAGCAGUUGGAGAUCGAUCGAUUCAUCGCGCAACAUACGGAGAAAGUGAGGUUAGAAAUCGAGGAUAGGCGGAAGAGAUUCUCGCGGCGGAUCGCGGCGGCGGUGGAGGAGAACAUGUUGAAGAAGCUGAAAGCGAAGGAGGAGGAGGCGGAGAAGAUCGGGAAAAUGAACUACGCGCUGGAGGAGCGAGUGAAGUCUCUGUGCGUGGAGAAUCAGAUAUGGAGAGACAUGGCGCAGGCGAACGAAGCCGCCGCAAAUGCUCUGAGAUGCAAUCUGGAGCAAGUCCUAGCGCAAGCACAGCGCGAGAAUCAUCAACAGGAGGAGAAUGCUGCCGCCGACGACGCGCAGUCGUGCUGCGGUAGUAACGACAAUGAAAACACCUCCGCCGCGGAUGAGCGGAGAAGCAGAAUGUGCCGGAGCUGCGGCAAAGCGGAAUCGUGCGUGCUUCUCCUACCGUGCCGGCAUCUCUGCCUGUGCACGGUGUGCGGCUCGUCUCUCCACACCUGCCCCGUUUGCAGCUCCGCCAAAACCGCCAGCGUUCACGUCAAUCUCUCCGCCUCUUGAAGCCAGUACGACUCUGGAAUCGUGAUACGGAAAAAGGAAAAGAUAAAAAAGAAAAGAAAAGAACAAGUUUGGAUAUAGAAUCAGGGGAUAGUAUUAGCCUUUUUUUACUUUGAAAUUCUUUUGUCAGACUCCACUAUAACAUCAUGUUGAUUCUUGAAAUUAGAUGAAUGUAAUUAGUGUUGGGGCUCAA